AUGGAAUUAUCCAAUCUCGCAAUCGUUCUAUCCUUCCUCACUAGCGCAGCCUUGGCGGCACCGCAAGUCCGUGUUUGCAAGCACGUCAACUUCGGCCCCCCUUGCGCUACAGUCAGCGCUCCUAUCAACUCAUGCGUCAAUGUUCCGGAUGGCUACAAUGACAACAUUUCCUCCCUAGAGCCAAAUAUCGACGCUGGCAACUGCCGCUUCUACGUACACUACAACUGCGAUGGCCCAUCCUUCGAUUCCGAGUACCCUGGAUAUGACAAACUCACUACUCAGCUUCCCGAGUUCAAUGAUGCCAUCAGCUCUUUCAAAUGCUUUGGCCGGCUGCCCAAUGACCCUUAA